CGAGCCGACUUAACCUUAUGUAUGUUAUUGUUACAGCUAACAUAAGCUAGCUGAAUGUAUCGACGCGGUUAAUGGUAACUAGCUAGCUGGUAAUGGCGAUCCGCUGGGGAAUAUGCAGCGCGGGUAAAAUUAGUCAUGACUUCUCUGUUGCUUUACGGACCCUGAAUCCCGAAGACCACGAGAUAGUGGCUGUUGCAGCGAGGGACCUGCAGCACGCUGAAGAAUUUGCCAAAAAACACAACAUCCCUCGAGCAUAUGGGAGUUAUGAUGAGUUGGCAAAAGAUCCAGACAUCGAUGUGGUGUACAUUGGCACCAUCCAUCCUCACCACCUGAGUACUGGCAAGCUCUUUAUGAAGUCCAGAAAGAAUGUGCUGAUCGAGAAGCCCCUGGCCAUGAAUUCAAGGGAGGUGCAGGAACUCAUCACUGCAGCCCAAGACAACAGUGUGUUUCUCAUGGAGGCCAUUUGGACGCGCUUCUUCCCCCUGUCUCUUGAAGUGAGGAGACUGCUGGGCCUGGGCGAAGUGGGCGAUGUUCAGAUGGUGAGGGCUGAUCUGGGAGCUCCACUCACCCACAUCCCUCGCUUGGCUGAGAGGAAGUUGGGAGGGGGGGCACUGCUGGACCUCGGCAUCUACUGUCUGCAGUUUGUCUUCAUGGUUUUUAAUGGCGAGAGGCCAGAGUCCAUCUAUGCCAAAGCGCAUUGCAUAGACACAGGUGUUGAUGGAACAGCAGUUAUGGUCUUGAAGUUCUCAGGUAACAGAAUGGCCAUUUGCACCUGUUCAAUCACCAUGAUGCUGACCUGUGAUGCAGUUAUCACCGGGACCAAAGGCACCAUUAAGGUACCCAACCAUAUGUGGUGCCCUACAACGUUGGAGGUGAAUGGGAAGGAGAUGCAGUUCCCCCUGCCAGAGGCUGGCAUGCCACUAAACUUCACUAACAGCACAGGCCUGCGAUAUGAAGCUGAGGAGGUCCGCCACUGUCUGCUGAAAGGACUGAAGGAGAGUCCAGGGAUGCCAUGGGCUCACUCUAGCAUGUUAGCAGAGGUUAUAGAUGAGGCCAGAAGACAAGUGGGAGUGACAUAUGACCAGGACAACAUCUGAUAAUGUUUUCUUAGCGACAGUAAGGCAGCAGACCUGCGCCUCCACAUGAGGAACAACAGACUCUAGAUUUCUAUUGAUUUCAGGACACAUGGGAUCAUUGAUGAUUUGUUUGUGUGCGUGUUUGUGUGUGUGAGAGAGAGAUACAGUAACACUAUAACACUAUAUAUAUGUAACAUUAACAGUGGCUUUAUCCACAAUAGCGGGACCCCAAAAUCAAAGCAGCUUAAUGAAAUUCAUCAUUCAGAAUAGCAUUAUUUGACUGUGCUUUA